AUGCCCUCAUCCUCAACCGCGGACAAACCGCGCUCUUCCGGUCCUUCAGGCAUCACAAGAGCCUACCUCUUCUUCUACAAUGCCCUCAACCUCGCAACAUGGGGCUUCUGCGUCGCCUACACAGCCUCAUUGGUCCCUGGCCACUUCGCCAGCAACAGCCUAAACUCAAUUUUCGGCCAAACCUUCUCCCCAUACCUCCUCGCAACGCAAUCCAUUGCUACCCUCGAAGUCCUGCACAGCCUGCUCAAGCUCGUGCGCGCCCCCUUCUUCACAACCGCAAUGCAGGUCGCCAGCCGUCUGCUUCUUGUCUGGGGAAUCAUGGUUCCAUUCGGCGGCCAGGUUGUCGGUGCGUCCACCACCCAGCUGGGCGAUUAUGCGUAUCUGGGCUGCGUGGGUGCAUGGGGAAUUACUGAAGUGAUCCGGUAUGGAUUUUUUGCCAUUACCCUUUCUGGGAAUGAUGUGCCGAAGUGGUGGACUUGGCUGCGAUACAACACUUUCUAUGUCUUGUACCCUGUUGGUAUCUCGAGUGAAGUCGCGCUCGUUUACCUGUCGCUGGGUCCGGCUGGGGAUAUUAGUCCUUUGCUUUUCUGGGGUCUUGUUGCUAUCCUGGCUAUCUAUGUGCCUGGUUCUUAUAUCCUUUACACGCACAUGAUUGCGCAGCGUCGCAAGGUCAUGCGUGGCAAGCAGCGCGCUGAUUAA